AUGAAGCCGUCUGUGCACUACCUCAGUGGGACAUUUUCUUCACAAAUGUAUUACAUUGCUGCCACAGAGCUGAUAAGGUCAGCUCCUGUGCGGUUUGUGUCUCUGUCAGGUACCACGUGUCUGGUGGCUCUGCUGUCUGAGAAGGAGCUGACUGUGGCGAAUGUUGGCGAUUCGAGGGCGGUUCUGUGUGAUAAAGACGGUAAUGCUGUCCCGCUGUCACAUGACCACAAACCCUACCAGCUCAAAGAGCGGAAGAGAAUCAAGAAAGCAGGUGGCUUCAUCAGUUUCAGCGGCUCAUGGCGUGUGCAGGGCGUUCUUACCAUGUCACGUUCACUCGGCGACUACCCGCUGAAGAAGCUGAACGUGCUGAUCCCUGACCCCGACGUGCUGACCUUUGACCUGGACAAACUACAGCCUCAGUUCAUGAUUCUGGCGUCAGAUGGACUCUGGGACGCCUUCAGCAUCGAGGAAGCCGUGCAUUUCAUUAAAGAGCAUCUGGAUGAACCGCAUUUCGGUGCGAAGAGCAUCGUCCUUCAGGCGUUUUCCCGCGGCUGUCCAGACAACAUCACCGUGAUGGUGGUCAAGUUCACGAAGAGAGGCUCCAAGGCCGCCGGCUAGUGAAGAAGACUCAGCUCUCAUGUGUAAUAAUGUAAUGAAAACAUAUAUUUUAAUGAGUGAGAGACUGGAUGAAUGAUUAACAUUACGCCUAAGUUUAACGUUAGAUAAAAAAUAUUUUUUGGAGAAGCUACUAUUUGUAUUUAAGUUGAAUGCAAUUAUUUCUUAUUAAAGGAAUCGUUCCCCUAUGGAACACAGAAUCUAUACGCAGCUCUUUCAUUAAAAAAACAACAACACGCAGUUCAAAGUGACUAGAGGUCAUGCAACAAAAAUAAAAAAUCUGAUGGACUGAGUUGUAAAGUUUUCAUUUCAUCUUUUUUUUUAUCCGUCAUGUUUGGUUUCAUUUCCCUGGUUAUUAUAUAUGUGCUAUUUUCAACAAUUAAAAGUAGGUUGCCUUAAGAAGUAACCCAGCUAACAUGUAUGGUAUGUUAAAUAAAGUUUAAAAACUGAAAUCAUGAACUACUGACGAGCAUGAGUCUGGAGAAACAUGUAAGCUGUGAUCGUGACCAUGUCUGUAAGACUAUAUAAAACAGCAAUAGACCCAAACUGCAAAUCAUUCAUUGAAAAUAUUCAUCUUUUGCUGCAGAUAUGAGCAAUUUUAACUGUCAUUUCUGGCUGAAAUCGGAGUCCAUAAUCCAU